UUUUUUAUCUAUAUUUACUUUUUAAAUAUACUAAGGUACAUAGUAACUAUAUUUCAGGAUUACUCAUGUAAUAAGCAACGAGAUAAUAAGGCAUUAAAAAUCAUUAAUAACAAUUCAUUAGAAUUCCAUGACAAAAAUGUGACUGCAGAUAAACAAUUACCAAACAAAUCAAGUAUUCGAAAAAUUAAUUGUCGAGAUAAUUUGAGACUAAUUUCAAACGAAAAUAGUACUUCAUCGGAAGAAGAAAGAUUAUCGGAAAAUGAAAAACAGGAGGUUCAGUAUUCACGUAAUAACGAUGACUGUGAAGAGAUUUAUGACCCUGUUAUUGCUGCUGCAAAAAUGUUAACUAAACCUGAUCAGCUUUAUGGAAAAUAUUGGCCCCAUGAACCGAUGGUACUACUUAUAAACGACGUUUACUGUCGAAAAAAAAUUUUGAUGUCAGCUUUAGGAAAUUCUAAAGCAGUGACACAUCUUGCUCGACGAUUGAUUGUGGGUGUGUUUAAAAAGGAAAAACUACUAAAAUGUACUCUCAGUGGUCAACCACCCAGAGCACAAGGCAAAGAGAGACAAAACGAAGAGAUUGAGGGUCUUGACGUAAGAGCAAAAGAUGCAAUUAUUGAUUACGCAAUAUUAAUGGGUGAAUCCAAAAAUUGGAACGUGCCAGAUAGACGAGUCAUAGAGCGUAGCAUGACUCAACAAAUCGGACGGUUAAAGUUGGAGUUAAAACAAGCUCUUGUAAGAGAGCAGGACUAAUUUACUAUUUUUGUUUUAUGUUUAUUUUGAUAAUUUAAAUAAAUAAUUUUUUAUGUAAUUAUCGUGCAAUAUUUUACUGCAUUUGCAUGUACAAUAUUUGAAAUAUAUUUUUUUUAAUUGUACGAUAAUUGUUUGUAAAAUAAAAAUUUAUAAAAUUGCAUUUAAAA